AUGACAGGGUUGAGGAUUGGUUGCUCAUGAAGACACCCUGGCCUUCAGUUGGCUUCAUAAUAGCCUAUCUCUUAUUCGUAUGGCUUGGGCCCAAGUUCAUGAAGAAUAAACAGCCAUUUGAUCUGAAAUCUACAAUAUUGGUGUACAAUGCUAUGCUUGUGGUUUUAUCUAUUUAUAUGUUUAAAGAGUUCCUUAUUACAUCCAUUCUUGGUAACUACAGCUACAAGUGUCAGCCGGUGGAUUAUUCUACCUCUCCAUUAGCGAUGCGGAUGACAAGUGUUUGCUGGUGGUUUUUCUUCUCUAAAGUCAUUGAAUUAUUGGAUACAGUUUUCUUCAUUCUACGCAAGAAGAAUAAUCAGGUCACAUUCUUACAUGUUUAUCAUCAUAGCUCAAUGAUAGUUAACUGGUGGCUUGGUGUUAAAUAUGUUGCUGGGGGUCAAGCUUUCUUUCUGGCCAUGCUCAACUCUUUUGUACACAGCAUCAUGUACUCCUAUUAUGCUUUGGCUGCAAUAGGUCCUCAUAUGCAAAAGUAUCUGUGGUGGAAACGGUACAUGACACAACUACAGCUAGUGCAGUUCUUUGCAAUUUGUUUUCACACAGGGUACAACAUGACAAUAGACUGCAACUUUCCAAUGGGCUUCAAUAUAGCUGUGUUUUUAUAUGUGCUGUCUAUGGUGGCGCUAUUUAGCAAUUUCUACAUCAGAUCGUACAAGAAAAAAGAUGUGAAAAAUAAGGAAUAGUAUUUAUUCGCAUUUUUAUUCACAAUUAUAUAAGAUUUGAAAUUUAAUUGUAAUGAUAAAUUUUAAGGUAAAGGUUCUAGAACAGAUAGGACAAUUAUUAAUAUUAAUAAUAAUAAAUAAUUGAUGACAUCGGACAUGGCGACGACGAAAACUUUAAUAGUAAUAUAAGAAUGAAAAUAAAAAAUAUGAAAAUAUGUAUUUGUCAAUUUCUACCUUAAUUCAUUUACAAAAAUGAGUAUGAAAUAUGUAAUAAAUUUAUUAAUAAUAAUUAUUAUUUGUGGAACGAUUAUUACAGUCAGAUAUAAAAUACGAAAAGAUAUGUUUUUAUGAGUAGUUAUUAUUGCUUAAGAAAUACAUUUAGAGAAGUUUAUGAAUUGACUUAAAAAAUGAAUGAUUUCAGGCUUGUAAAUAAUGUUAUUCCUGUGUGUAACGUACAUGUAGCCCUAGCUAAGUACAUAGUCUCAUGAACAUCGAUGUACCCCUUGUUAGAAGUAAACUAAUCUUGACCAAGGCUGUUAGUACUAGUACAUAAAGAGAUAUCUCUUAAUCUCGAAUAACUUUUUACCAUAAAUUACCCCUGCCCAGGCGCUUCUGAGCCUUGGUACAGUGGUUAUUUUGAAAGGCACGUAUAAUAGAUUAUUGGGCCAUUCAAGAUGGUACCACUUUGACAAUUGUUGCAAUGUUAGUAUUAUUUAUUUCGUGAAAAUACAAUAAGAUGUGUUGAGAAAGUUUAUUGAAUCAAAUCAACAUGGUUUCUGUCAACUUGUGAACCCUACAGGCUGUAAUAUAAAACGGG